UGAGUGGAUAUGGGGAGUGCGUGUCUUCUCCUGACUCGUGGUUUGAUGUGCAGAGAGAAAUAUGGCAAAAGCGCGCUUUUGGUUUCCAACUGUUUUCUGGUAAUUCACACUCUCUCUUUCCUUCGUCUCUUCUCUUAUCCAUUGAACAAAAUCAAAUCUCACCCUUCUUCUCUCAUUUUCCCAUGCUCUUUGUUUCUGAUUCCUUUUCAGUGCUUCAUACCAUUUGUUUCUUUCCUUUGCCUGAAUUUAUGCUUCCUUUAUUUCGUUUAUUCUGAAUUCAACCUUCAAAAUUAGAAUUAGAGUGAAUACUUAGUUAACCUCGCUAGCAGGGUAAAAGAAAAUGCUUGAAUUGCAUUCAAUGCAGGGCUGAGUGGAUGUGCAAUGUCUUGGGGAUUUGAUUUCUGAUUGCUGCUCCUUCAGGACUCUGUCUGGCUACCAGUUUGAAAUCCUUAUACUAUCGUGGCUAUGUCUAAUCUUUGUCUUUUUAUAUAAACAUCAAUGUCUAUUGUAUCACAACCAUUUAUAAUCAUUUUCCAUUUCCCAAAUAUAGUCCACAUUUUAGAGAUUUUUUCUUUUUUCUGUGACCGCUAUCCCUUGGGAAAGUCAUUUUCCUUAUUGCUCAUUUUAUCCUUUCACUUGAUGACGCUUCUUAUGAUAUUGGAAUCAAUUGAAACUCAGCAACCUUUUGUAUGAGGCAUCACUGCUAGCGGCCAACUUAUCAAAAUAUUCUAUUCCAAAAUCUUGAUUACGAGCAGUGUCAGUUUUUGAAUACGAAAUAUGCCGCAGGUUGUCAUUCCCGGACAGAUUAGCAAGUCCUUUGCGAGUGUUAGAGUAGAGAUACAAAAAUCAGUUAAGUGUAGAAUUUCCCAUGUAGUUUUCAGCGUAGUUGCUAGGGACAGGCAUAGCAAACUAUGUCUUGAUCAGACAAAAGUUGAACCUCUAGCGAAAAUCAGGCACACAUCAUUGUCUAGUAGGAUAAGAGUUGCUGAUGAAUAUCAAGAAGGGUUAUCUGAUGAAGAUGAAGAUCUCUGUCCCGUUGAAUGUGUAAGAGAAUUCACCACUGAUGAAGAGUUCAGCAAAAUUCUGGAAAAGUCUAAAGAAACUGGAUCUUUGGUUGUGGUAGAUUUCUUCCGCACCUCUUGUGGAAGCUGCAAGUAUAUAGAGCAGGGUUUUGCAAAGUUGUGCAAGAAAUCUGGCGAUAAUGAAGCUCCGGUAAUCUUUCUAAAGCAUAAUGUAAUGGACGAGUACGAUGAGGAGUCCGAGGUUGCUGAUCGACUUAGAAUCAGGGCCGUGCCUCUUUUCCACUUCUACAAAGAUGGCGUGCUGUUGGAAGCAUUUCCAACCAGGGACAAAGAAAGGAUUGUUGCAGCCAUUCUCAAGUACUCAUCUCUUAAAGCUGAAGAUAUCUUAGGUUAACUUCGUAUGGGAUGGGGUCAUUGUCCCUGGGAUGGUUGUGCACUGUUGGGAAAUUAAUCAAUUUUUUGUAAGUGACAAUGUUUGUUAAACAGCAUGCUGCAUACUUACCAAAACACUUCAGUCCUUUCCUA